CCGUGGCAGUGAGUGGUUGUGUGUUUUAGUGCCUUUGUGUUGAUGGUUCUCUGAACCGCUUGUUCUUCGAGGGCGUGGCAAAUAACGCGUCAUGCCUGUGUUCCAUACGAAAACAAUCGAGAGUAUCCUCGAGCCUGUUGCUCAGCAGGUGUCGCGGCUGGUCAUCCUGCACGAGGAGGCUGAGGAUGGCAACGCCAUGCCUGACCUGGAGAAGCCCGUGCUGGCGGUGUCCCGUGCCGUCGUCAACCUCGUCAAGGUGGGGCGCAGCACCAUCGAGAGCAGCGAGGACAGCCUCCUGAAGCAGGACAUGCCCGCGGCGCUGCUGAGGGUUGAGGCCGCCGCCCGCCUCCUGGAGGAGGCCUCCUCCAUGCUCAAGGUCGACCCAUACUCCCAGCCCGCCAGGAAGAAGCUGAUAGAGGGGGCGCGGGGUAUCCUGCAGGGGACGUCGUCCCUCCUGCUGUGUUUCGACGAGUCCGAGGUGCGCAAGAUCAUCCGCGAGUGCAAGACGGUGCUCGACUACCUCGCCGUGGCCGAGGUCAUCGAGACCAUGGAGGACCUCAUCCAGUUCGUCAAGGACCUCUCCCCCUGCCUCACCAAGGUAUCGCGUGAGGUGGACCACAGGUCCCAGGAGCUCACCCAUCAGGUGCACCGUGAGACUCUCACCCGCUGCCUGGACUCCGUCAAGACGUUGUCCCCCAUCCUGAUCUGCUCCAUGAAGAUCUUCAUACAGAUCCUACGGCAGCACUGUCGGGAGAGUGAUGAGGCCGCUGAGAACAGGAACUAUCUUGC